AUUUGACUUACCUGUGAGGUGUGGGAGCGCACGUCUCCUCAAGACAUCAUCGGUUACAUAAGCAAAAGCAGAAAUCAGCCAGUUCAAUGAAGCAUCCUGAAGGCACUGAUCACUUGGACCGCUGAAGAGGGGAUUAUCGGAUCUCAUCCUCGCCGUAUGAAUAAAAGAACUGAGAAGUUUGCAAGCCAUUAGGCAUGAUGAGAAACUCUGGGGACAUGCUGAUUUUGACAUUUAUUGCCACUUUAAUAUCACAAGCAGCAGGUGUCAGCCCCCCAGGUAAGCCCAGGCUCACGAGCUGUCGCUCUCCAGAAAAGGAGACGUUUACCUGCUGGUGGGAGCCGGGAGAUGAUGGGGGCUUGCACACCACCUAUGCCCUGUACUACCACCUCGAAAACUCAGAGACGGUCUAUGAGUGCCCGGAUUAUAAAACUGCAGGAGAGAACUCAUGUUUCUUCAGCAAAAAUGACACGUCUUUGUGGGUCAACUACAACAUCACAGUGGUGGCCAACAACGCCCUGGGGAAGAACAUUUCAGACCCCGUGGAGGUGGACGUGGUCUAUAUAGUUCAACCCAACACUCCAGAGAACGUCACCACUUUAGUGGUUCAUGAGGACCAGGAUCCAUUUGUGAGAGUAUCCUGGGAGAAACCACGAACCGCAGACACCCGUUCGGGUUGGAUCACGCUAGUUUACCAACUACGAGUUAAACAAGAAAAAGAUAAAGAAUGGGAGAAAUAUGAUGCUGGCAUGCAGAAGUACUAUAACGUGUUCAGUCUUCACCCCGGUAAAGAAUACAUGAUGCAAGUGCGAUGUAAACCUGAUCAUGGGUUCUGGAGUGAGUGGACUCAAACCACCUACGUCAAAAUGCCCGACUAUAUAGCCAGAGAGCGCUCACUGUGGAUCAUGAUCACCAUUUUCUCUGUCUUCAUUGUCAUUAUCCUUACCUGGACCCUGAAUAUGAAGAGAAACAGUGUGAAGCUGUGUUUGCUGCCUCCUGUGCCUGAACCGAAAAUCAAAGGAUUCGACAAACAGCUGCUAAAGAGCGGGAAGUCAGAGGAAGUUUUCAAUGCUCUAGUCAUACAGGGUUUCCCACCAACCACCGAUUAUGACGACUUGUUGGUAGAGUAUCUUGAGGUCUAUGACAACGAGGAACAGGAGUUGGUGCUGGAUGGAAAAGAUGUAUCAGAAGGCAUAAAGUCCAAAAGCCCAUCGGACAGCGACUCCGGCCGGGGCAGCUGUGACAGUCGCACACUGCUUCUGGAGAAAUGCAUAGAGGGACGGAAAUUAGCCAGAACUGACCAGCAGCAGUACAGUCAGCAUGGAGAAACAAGCUGGGCAUCUAUGGAGAGCAGUGAAAGCCAGGAUCCCGAACCUGGUUCUCCGGAAUCAGUCGAUGGAUGCGUCAAGACAUGGCCCAUUGUGUUCUCCUACCACCAGCUCCAACAUCAAGACAUCCUACCACAUGAAAGCCAUUUCAGCAAGCCACCCUGCCGACAUUCCCAAAGCUACAACCAAUUCAAUCUGGACAGCAAUGAACACAAGGUGGAAACUCAGGCUGCUAGCAUAUCGCCAUCUCAUUCCUUGGAAUAUGUUGAGGUACAGAGGGUGAACCCGGAGUAUAUGCUCCUCCUAAGGCCUAUUUCCGACCAGAACCGUGAACUUGAGAGAUCUGAUCGCACUGGGGAGGACUACAGCAAGGUCAAACAGGUGACAUCAAACAAUAUGCUAUUAUUGCAGAGAGAAAUGUCUCCUCAAUGCCUGGACGAUUACAGUCAGGAUUUUGACAGCCAGGCAGAUCAAUGCUUAACUCAACAACAGCUUCACUCUUGCAAACCUGGCAUCCUCCAAUCACACAGUCUGCCACAGGAGGGAAUGAGGCUGAUGGGAAAUGGUUAUGUAGACUCAACAAUCUUGAUGCCGUCCUACUAGCACAUAACCGUCCAAUGACCCGAAUGCGACAAAAACAAUAAGCUGACCAUGAAAUUCAAAACUCUUGAGAUUUUCAUGUCCAACAGCAGACUGACAACAAGCUCAUACCAAGUCCUCAAAGAAGCGCUUUGCUCCCUUCCAGCUCUCGAGGUUUAAUCAUUUGUUUUUAUAUUAAUACUUAUUAUAUUUACCUUUAAGAGAUUAGAUAACACUUAUAGAGCAUAAAGAGUGGUCUUGUUUGAGAUCUGGGCAAGUCUUUGUCCUGUAAACAUUUUUGUGUUGAAAACACUGUUAGAAAGCUGUGAUAUGCGAUCACUGUGAAAAUUACCUCCACGUUCUUCUAUCUGUGGGUUUAUCAUAUACAAAACCAAACGAAGCCACCAGUUUAGUUUUAGUUUUACAGAUGUACUUUGAUGUGGAAAUGGCACUUAAUACACCACAUUUUUGCUUUCUUUUUAGAUGUGAAAUCGUGUUUCACUUAGAAAUAUUAUUCUAUAUUAUAUUAUUACAGAAGUAAAAUGGCUUGCAAGUACAGUUUCAUGUUGUCUUAUUUAAUGUUAUGAGAUUUGAAAACUUAGCACUUAGCAUAGUUGCGCUCAGCAAUCCACUAUGCAUUAUGUUAUUGUAAAUUUAUUGUUCAUCAUGGCACUGUUACGUGAUUGAAACCACAGUUUUUUUUUAAAUAAGAUUUUUCACUCGUAGACUAAAACAGCGGUCAGUUGCUAUAAUGUACAUGGACUAUUAUAUAUACAUUUAUGUUGAGUAUUGACAAAACGUACUCCCAGAAUCAUGUUUAUGCUUGUUGGGGUUCAAUAUCAAACAAGUCACUCCGUAUUUAAACCCAUUUUUACGCAUAAUUACAAAUACCUGAAGACAAGAGAGCAUUCUUUGCCGUCCAAGUUGGUUUAAUCCUAUUGUAAUCCUAAUGUUAUUCAUUUUGUUAAACAAAUUUCAGUCCAUUUCUAAAACAUCGUGUAAUCUCAGCCAUACAGUCUAAAAUAUGUCUUUAUGUAUUAAUGUUACACUAAUGCAAAAGUGAAUACAUGAAAAAGGAUUUGAACUGAUUGUAAACUUGUAAUUUUAGAGAAUUUGCCUUUAAGAUAUACAACUCUCAGGUGAAGGUAAACUCACUUAAACACUCCUGCUGAAUGUGUAGUGUGUUUUAUAAAUGUUUGAGCACAAAAGCACAACCAGUGAAAAAUGAAAAAUUAUGAACUGCCGGCAUAAUAUUAAUACAACGUUUCCCAAAUAUGCUACAGUCUGUUAUCACUGUCAAUUCUCAAACGUGUGAGGUUAAGUGUGUGUGUAUGUGUGCUUUCAUAUAUAAUGUUAUCCCUAUGAGAAUCUAUUUUUCCAAAUCUAUACAUUACAUUUUUCGAUUUGUAUAUUCUAUUGCCAGAGGUGUUAGGUAGAUUAUGUAUUAUGUAUAAAAUACACUUCAUGUUUUUUAUGUUUGACAGGAAAACAAGAGAAAAUGUUUAUAGAAAAUAGAAAAUUCAAGGGAUAGCAUACAGUAUAUACUUUCAUCCAAAAACAACCACAUAGUUAUUAUAAAAUUAAGACUCCUUAGCCAUGAAAAAUGAGUUACACUGAGACAAAUUGAUGAAUAUUUAGCCUUUCCCAGUGCAAAAAUCAACCUCUGACCCACACAUGUGGCCUUAUAUUAUGCAUAAAUCUCUAAGGAAAGAGGACCAGAAUGUAUUUUUGGAAGUGAUUUACUAAAGAUGUAUUUAUGUCUACAUUUAGUUACAUUUACAUAUAAUUCUGAAAAUACAAAGGAUUAAACUGUUUUGAAUAACAUGUUAUAGUGCAUGUAACCUAUAGAUAAUUAAACUUUUUUUUUAGAAUUUUUUUUUUUUUUUUAGAUUUGCCUAAGCCAUACAUGCAUCAUCCUACAUUAACUGUUGAUUUUUGAAUAAUGUGACAUUUUAUGAUUUCUGUUUUGUUCACCAUUCAUAAAUGAUAUCUCCAUGCACAAUCAUUCUGAAUAGAUAAAGAAAGGCAUCAUAUUUCUUAUGCAAAAAUACUAUGUUAUACAACUUUUUUAAAUCGUUUUACAUCUAAUGCAACAGCAAAUCAGCAAAUGUACUGUAUGUAUGUGCAUAACAAUAUCUAAUUUAAGACGACACCUGGGAAUGGUUUGUAAUGAUACAUUGGAAUGUAUGAACCCAAGAGAAAGUUCAGAAUGUGAGGUCUGAGAUUUUGACUCUGAUGUUUAAAUCUUUCCUACUGAAAUCACUUUGAAUCUCAUUCUACCGAACCUUAAAUAAGUCUGUUGCAUUUAACAAUGCUCAAAUUGUUGAUACACAAAAUGGCAUUUGUUAUACACUAAGAAUGAAAUGUAUGUUCAAAUAAUGCAUCACUGAUGGUGCUGAAAUUACAUGUGAUGUUAACUUAUUACUUCAUGUACAUCAAUUGAAAUGCAAUUUGUGUAAUACAUCCUUAUUGUGUUAUGCUUUUCCAUAAUAAACUGUUAG